CAAAGGGGAAACCAGAUAGGGAACAGAGAAUUGGAAGUGGGCGAGGUGACUUUAAAAGACGGUAUCACCAUCUUUGCUGUGUCAUUAUUAGUUUGCAGAGGAGCGCAGCACCUGACCCCAGAGAGCCACAGCUGUUUUUUUAGAGGUAAAUAAAAGGCUCGGCUGAGAGGGAGGGAGGGACAGGAUGAGACAGCAGUAAAUAGUAGUAAAAGAGAAAGAGGAACAAGAGAAGUUUGGUGGAUUCAGAGAAGUGAAGAGCAGACCUCCGGGGCGGUACAGUAAGAGAUCAGUGAGUGGGGCCUGAAUGACAAGAAGAGAGAGAGUGCAAAGGAGAGAGAGAGAGAGACAGACAGAGAGAGAGCGACAGAGAGGAGGUCUCUCCUCCCUGGAUUUUAGUUUUACUCCCAGUUUAGUAAGUUUGCCUGUCACACAGUCUGAGUGGAUCCAGGCUAGACCAGGGGGACAGAUCCCAGGUGAAACAAACUUUGAGUCAACUUAGAAAAAACGAGAGACUGUGAGCGUGUGUGUGUGUGUCCGUAUGUGUAUGUUAGUGUUAGGCACUGCUUUUUUUUUUAUUAAAAUGACCGAAAGGUCUGCGUUGACUCAAAAAGAUGGAAGAGUCACAGCAAAUGGACAGAAUGGCAGAAAAGUUCAGGAUGAAGACAACAGGAAGGUGGGACUGGGGAAGAAAGUGACCCUGCUCCGUGGGAUCUCCAUCAUCAUCGGCACCAUCAUCGGAGCGGGGAUCUUCAUCUCUCCAAAGGGCAUCCUGAAGCACUCGGGCAGCAUAGGAAUGUCCCUGGUAGUGUGGAUUGCCUGCGGUGUGCUGUCACUCUUCGGAGCGCUGUCCUACGCUGAGCUGGGGACUUGUAUUAAGAAGUCCGGUGGACAUUACACGUAUAUAAUGGAAGCCUUUGGACCUCAGAUGGCUUUCAUAAGGCUAUGGGCUGAUCUCAUUGCUAUAAGGCCUGCAGCGAUGGCGGUCAUCUCUCUGGCUUGUGGUCAGUACAUCCUGGAGCCUCUGUUCAUGCCCUGUGAUAUCCCCCCGCUUGCUAUCAAACUGGCCACUGCCAUCAGCAUAACGUCUGUCAUGUACCUGAACAGUAUGAGUGUGACAUGGACGGCAAGGAUUCAAAUCUUCCUCACCUUCAGCAAGCUGCUGGCGAUUGCCGCUAUCAUAGUGCCUGGAAUGUACCAGCUCUUCAAAGGAGAGACCACAAACUUCGAGAAUGCAUUCGAUCUGAGCAAAGUGAAGCUGUCUGGUAUGCCAUUGGCCUUCUACUCUGGGAUGUAUGCAUACGCUGGAUGGUUCUAUUUGAACUUUGUGACAGAGGAGGUAGAUAACCCUGAACGGACUGUGCCAUUAGCUAUCUGUAUCUCCAUGGCGAUUGUGACUUCCUGCUAUGUGCUGACCAACGUGGCGUACUACACUGUGAUGUCAGCGGAGGAGCUCCUGGCCUCAGAGGCGGUCGCUGUGACAUUCGCAGAGAAGUUGAUGGGUAACUUCUCCAUAGCAGUGCCGGUGUUCGUGGCCUUGUCCUGCUACGGCUCAAUGAAUGGCUGCCUGUUUGCCUUGUCAAGAAUGUUCUACGUGGCAUCACGUGAAGGACAGCUCCCUGAGGUUUUGUCUAUGAUCCACAUCCGCAGACACACCCCGCUGCCUGCUGUCAUCAUCCUGUACCCUAUGACCAUGCUCCAGCUAUUUGUCGGAGACAUCUACAGUCUGUUAAACUUCAUGAGCUUCCUGCGGUGGCUGUUCAUCGGUGUGGUGGUGCUGGGUUUAAUCUACCUCCGAUACACGAAACCAGACCUCCCACGGCCCUUUAAGGUCCCUCUCUUCAUCCCAGUGGUGUUCUGCCUCACAUGUUUCUUCAUGGUCUUCCUGUCUCUGUAUUCUGACCCAGUCAACACAGGGAUUGGAUUUGCAAUCUCCCUCACUGGCAUCCCCGCCUACUAUAUGUUCAUUUACUUCAACCAAAGAGCAAAGUGGCUUCAGAAGGCUUUAGAUUCCUUCAACCGAACCUUGCAGAUCGUCCUGAUGGUCGUCCCUGCUGAGCAGUAACAAACACUACAUCACCUCUGACAGACAGACAGUAUAUACAGAGCUGAACUCUUAACACAAAGUCAAACUUUGUCUAAAAAGACUGAUUUAGUACAAAGAAGUUAUAAAUGUCACUGCUGUAUGUAAGUUUAUAUAAUGUGUGUUAUUAAAAGUUCUAUGUUGAAAGAA